AUGGAUGCUUUGAAACGAUUUGGAUAUAAAAUCGGCACACACAGUCAAAUUGCGCAAAAUAUUGUCAAUGAAUUUUCGAAGGCAAGAAUUGGUAAAUAUCAUGCGGUUGUUGGACAAGAUUACGGUGUAUCAUCAUUAUCAUCGAGUGUCUAUCGUGAUUAUUUAUGGUUUUAUUCCACUCAACAACCGCAAAAGUACAUGUACUUUUAUAUUCAACCAAAUGUUAGAAGAUCGUUCAUAAUUAAUCAAUAA